CUUCCGGUAUUCCCCGGCUGAGCAUCGUGGGCUCCGGGUAUCAUGGCGGCUGGCGAUAAACAGACGGCUCACCGGCCAGGGGCCUUUAAACAGUCGAACAAACCUCACAAGACGGGAAGGCACCGGGGUCGCGGGGCACAGGACCGGGAAAAUAAAGGUCGAGUUUCUGCAAAAGUCAUUAGUAAAAGACUUCGAAAAGAUUUGAGCAAGCUGGACAGAAGGAACAAAUCCAACCAGAUCCGCAGGCAGAGGAAAGAGGCUGUCCUUACAGAGAAGCGUAAUUUGGGCAGUAAAGAUGGCCCACCACAUCUUGUGGUGGUGCUUCCACUUCACGCUGGGAUUUCCACUAGCAACCUUUUGAAAUUGGUACAAAUUAAUGAGGGAGAUGUGGUCCAUGAAGAUAACCAGAAAAGUGGCAUGUUUUCAUUAGUCUGCCCCAAACUCAAGCAGAGAUGGUGCUUCAUUCAAGCGAACAGAGAUGACCUGCAUUCCGUGCUGGACCUGGCUAAGGUGGCUGACACCCUCCUGUUUGUUCUGGAUCCCCAGGAGGGCUGGGACAGUUACGGGGAUUAUUGCCUCUCCUGUCUAUUUGCACAGGGCCUUCCCAGUUACGUACUUGCUACACAAGGUAUGAGUGACCUACCAAUAAAGAGAAGGACAGACGUAAAGAAACAGCUGAGUAAAAUUGCAGAAAAGCGAUUCCCUGAUGCCAAACUCUUUCAUCUCGACACCGCUCAGGAGGCAGCGGUGGUUUUAAGGCAAAUGGCUAUCCAAAAGCAACGACACUUGGCCUUCCGAAACCGUCGCUCCUACUUACUAGCCCAGAAAGCAGACUUUGUGUCAAGUGAUGACACCGGCUUAGUAGGAACUUUAAAAGUGUCUGGCUACGUUCGUGGACAACAGCUGAAUGUGAACAGGCUGCUCCACAUUGUGGGGUUUGGAGAUUUCCAGAUGAGCCAGAUUGAUGCCCCUCCAGACCCUUAUCCACUUAAUCCCAGAAUCCACAAAACAAAGACAAAGAAAGGGCAGGAUGCGGACAUGGAGCAGGACAAUGCUGAUGUCAACAGUAAUGAGAUGGAAGAAGAUGUCAAGGUACUAAUGAAGGUAGAUUCUACAGUACAAGAGUCAUUGCAGUCCGAAGUGAUUCCUGAUCCUAUGGAAGGAGAACAGACCUGGCCAACUGAGGAGGAGCUGAAGGAAGCAGAAGAUUCUUUAAAGGCGAACACAAAGAUUGUAAAGAAAGUUCCAAAAGGGACAUCCGCAUACCAAGCUGCAUGGAUCCUGGACGAUGAGGAAGACCGUGGAGACGAUGAAAGUGAAGAUUAUGAUGAUGAUGAUGAUAUGGAAGGAGCACAGGCAGAUGCUAUGGAUGAAGAUUUAUCUGAGGAUGAAGAUGAAAGUGGUAACGAGGAGCCAGAGGAGAGUGAGACACUAACCAUCCCAGACAGUACGCGGGAUGAUAAAUAUGAUGAGAACCUUGAUGAAGAAGAAGAAAAUCAGAUGCUGGAGAGAUACAAGCUGGAACGCCAAGAUGAGCUGUUUCCUGAUGAAGUGGAUACACCGCGCAACCAGCCAGCUAGAAUCCGGUUUCAGAAAUAUCGCGGCUUGAAAAGUUUUCGCACAUCACCAUGGGAUUCCAAAGAGAACCUUCCUAGAGACUAUGCGCGUAUCUUCCAGUUCCAUGACUUCUUCAGGACCAGGAAGCGGGUCUUCAGAGAUUUGGAGGAUGAGAAUGAGGGGGCCAUGGUUGGUUGGUAUGUCACAGUACAUAUCAGCGGGGUUCCUGUGUCCGUUAUGGAGCAAUUCGCACAAGGAGGACCCCUUGUCCUAUGUUCACUUCUUCCCCACGAACAAAAGAUGUCUGUCAUUAAUAUGGUGGGAAGAAGAUACCAGGGCAACAGUGAACCCAUCAAAGCUAAAGAAGAGCUGAUAUUCCAUUGUGGAUUUAGGCGAUUCCGGGCAUCCCCUCUAUUCUCUCAGCAUACAUCUGCUGAUAAACACAAAUCUGAGCGUUUCAUGCGGUCGGACACAUCUGUGGUAGUCACUGUUUAUGCUCCAAUUCUAUUCCCACCAGCAUCAGUGCUUAUGUUUAAGCAGAGAAAUAAUGGAAUGCAUGAUCUGGUGGCCACAGGUUCUGUUUUAAGUGUUGAUCCAGAUAGAAUUAUUAUCAAGAGAAUUGUAUUGAGCGGCCAUCCAUUUAAAAUCCUGACAAGAACAGCUGUGGUGCGGUACAUGUUCUUUAAUAGAGAGGAUAUCCUAUGGUUUAAACCAGUGGAACUGCGUACCAAAUGGGGUCGGAGGGGGCAUAUCAAAGAACCUCUCGGAACACAUGGCCAUAUGAAGUGCCUUUUUGAUGGGCAGCUAAAAUCACAGGACACAGUGUUAAUGAACCUGUACAAACGUGUGUACCCCAAGUGGAAUUAUGAUCCAUAUGUUGCUACACCAGUGGCCUGGGUGAAGAACGAGAACACUGUUGAUCCUUCUGAGGUGGAAAUGGACUAAUAUACUGAUUGAAUACAUCCUAUAAAGACUUAUCUGUGCCUUGAAUGAGUUCCAUGUCUGAAAUUUGUAUUUAUUUGAAAAGUUGAGAGUGACAUGCGAAUUACAAAAUAUAGAAACAAAUGGAA